AUGGUGGCGGUUGGGCUGACCAUAGCGGCAGCGGGAUUUGCAGGCCGCUAUGCGCUAAAAGCUAUGAAGCAAAUGGAGCCCCAAGUAAAACAAGCACUUCAGAAUCUACCAAAACCUGCCUUCAGUGGUUAUUACAGAGGUGGAUUUGAGCCCAAGAUGACUAAACGAGAAGCAGCCUUAAUACUAGGAGUGAGCCCUACAGCCAACAGAAGUAAAAUUCGAGAAGCCCAUAGACGGAUCAUGCUUCUGAAUCAUCCAGAUAAAGGUGGCUCUCCGUAUGUAGCAGCCAAAAUCAAUGAAGCUAAAGAUUUGCUGGAAGACCAAGCUAAAAAAUGA